AAAAUUCUAAGGGCUUUCUCUCUCUCCAACACAGAAGAAAACGCAGAGCGGGCGGAGAGUAAGAAAGACGAGCUAGGGAUUAUGGCGACCGAGAUCGAAGGAGCUCCUGCGACGGAGGCCCCGGCUGCGGCGGCGAAGGAGACGCACAAGCUGGAGAGGAAGUGGACGUUCUGGUUCGAUAACCAAUCGAAGCCCAAGCAAGGCGCCGCCUGGGGGACUUCUCUCCGCAAGGUCUACACCUUCGACACCGUCGAAGAUUUCUGGUGUUUGUAUGAUCAAAUCUUCAAGCCAAGCAAGUUGACUGCAAACGCCGAUUUUCACUUAUUUAAAGCUGGCAUUGAACCCAAAUGGGAAGAUCCUGAGUGUGCUUAUGGAGGAAAGUGGACUGUUACCUGCAGCAGAAAGGCUACCCUUGAUACGAUGUGGCUUGAAACAUUGAUGGCUUUGAUUGGAGAGCAAUUCGACGAGGCAGAUGAAAUCUGCGGGGUGGUUGCUAGCGUGCGCCAAAGAGGGGACAAACUUGCUCUUUGGACAAGGACAGCUUCAAAUGAGGCUGUACAGGUGGGUAUUGGCAAGAAGUGGAAGGAAAUCAUGGAUGUCACUGAUAAGAUCACUUACAACUUCCAUGAUGACUCUAGAAGGGAAAAAUCGGUCAGGCAACGUUAUACUGCCUGAAUCUCUGCUGCCAAUUCUGUUGGUGAGAGUAAUGCAAUGUUAUAUUUAUUGCAUGGAUGGUUUAGCAAGCACGGCAUGCUCUGGAGUCUGGAGCACGCAAAACAAAAAGAAAAGGCUUGAUAUGCUUUAGAGAUGUUUUUCCCCAUUCAGGGUUUACAAUUUUGUUUUCCCUCAUGAAGCUGUUUCUUCAUGUUGUGCUCAAGCUUAUUGAAGAACAGUAGAAAUGCAUGUUGUUGUGGAGAUUACCGCAUGAUGAGCAAUAUGAAUUGAUUUUCCUCUUUUUGCACUUAA